AGAGACAGUGGAGCCUUGUCCGUUGUUGAUACCAUAACGCUAAUCCCCGAGUUGCUGGCACACGUACUCCAUGAUCGGUACUGUCUCAAGUAAAUAUGAAGGAUGAUGAGCACAGCGUCAAGUAAUAGUAAUACAGAUGGUUGUACCAAAAGGUUUGAUCUCAAAGCCAAUGAUCGACCGCUGCUGACGGCCUUCUCCAUUUACUCCUUCCAAAACUGUCGAAGAUACCGAUUCGUUUCAGCGUGAGUUGUUGAUGCUUUCCACACUCUGUCCCCAUCUUCUCCCUCCUAUAUAUAGAGCACCAGUCUAGUCCAAGGGAGACCAAGAACGUGAGAAAGAAGAAGAAGAACGAUGAGAGGGCCUUCUCCCUAUCUUGUUCUUCCUGUCUUUUUCCUCAUCUUUUGCUUCACCGCUUCCUGCAGCGAGCAACGCCGGGUGUAUAUUGUGUACUUAGGACAGCACAAGGGACUUAGAACCGGCCAGGAAAUCCUAGAAGACCACCAUUCCCUGUUGCGUUCUGUUAAGAACAGCGAAGAAGAGGCGCUGAAUUCCUUGGUGUACAGCUACAAGCACAGCAUCAAUGGCUUUGCUGCAUUGCUUACUGAAGAGGAAGCAGCGAAGCUAUCCGCGAUGGAGGAGGUGGUUUCUGCCUUUCCAGGUGAAGCGAGGUGGUCUCCACACACCACGAGGUCUUGGGAGUUCAUCAUGCAGGAAGAGGGACUCCGAGGUUGGGAGAUGGAGUGGAUGACCUCAAAAGCGAAGCUUGGGAAGGAGGUCAUCGUGGGCGUGGUGGAUUCAGGUGUGUGGCCGGAGUCCCAAAGCUUCAGUGACGCAGGGAUGGGUCCCAUCCCAGAACGGUGGAAAGGCAUCUGCGAAGAAGGUGAUGCCUUCGACUCACUCAAUUGCAAUAAAAAAAUAAUUGGAGCUCGCUACUACCUUAAGGGCUACGAGGCGUACUACGGCUCCCUCAAUCGAACAUACGCCUACCGCUCCCCACGCGAUCACGACGGCCACGGUACCCACACCGCCUCCACCGUCGCCGGACGGGUGGUUCCCGGCGUCUCCGCCCUGGGCGGCUUCGCCAGGGGGACGGCCGCCGGCGGCGUCCCGCUCGCCCGUCUCGCCAUCUAUAAGGUCUGCUGGCCGAUUCCCGGCCCCAACCCCAACAUCGAGAACACCUGCUUCGACGCCGACAUGCUCGCCGCCUUCGACGACGCCAUCGGCGAUGGCGUCCACGUGCUCAGCGUGUCGAUCGGUGCGACCGGAGUGCCUCCCAAGUACUCGAACGACGGCAUCGCGAUCGGCGCGCUCCACGCCGCGAAGCAUGAUAUCGUCGUGGCAUGUAGCGCCGGGAACGAUGGCCCGGCACCGGCCACCGUGUCGAACCUCGCGCCAUGGAUGAUCACCGUCGGCGCCAGCAGCAUCGACCGCGCUUUCGAUUCUCUGGUCCUACUCGGUAAUGGAGUGACCAUCAAGGGCCAAACCGUGACACCAUCUGUGUUGAAGAGUUCGGAGUUCAACCCUCUAGUUUAUGCAGGCGACGCUGUGGUUCCUGGCACUGCGGGCAAUGUCUCUGGGCAGUGCCUGCCCAAUUCUCUGGACGCCAAGAAGGUGAGAGGGAAGAUAGUGGUUUGCCUGAGAGGGAGCGGGCUCAGAGUGGCCAAAGGAUUGGAGGUAAAGCGGGCGGGUGGCGCGGCUAUCAUACUGGGGAAUGCGGUGGCCAAUGGCAACGAGAUCCCCGUGGACGCCCACGUCCUCCCGGGGACCGCUGUGUCGUCCGAUGACGCAACAGCCAUCCUAAAGUACAUCGAAGCAGCCCGCAGGCCGAGCGCAAAGAUAGGCUCGGCUCGGACCGUUUUGGGCGUCACGCCGGCGCCCGUCAUGGCCGCCUUCUCGUCCCGCGGGCCCAACCGCGUCGAACCCAACAUUCUCAAGCCCGACAUCACGGCUCCAGGGUUGAACAUCCUGGCUGCAUGGAGUGAAUCGUCGUCGCCCACCAAGCUCGAGGACGAUCACCGUAGCGUCAAGUACAAUCUUUACUCGGGGACGUCGAUGUCGUGCCCCCAUGUGUCGGCCGUGGCGGCCCUGCUCAAGUCCCUGCACCCCUAUUGGAGUUCGGCGGCCAUUAGAUCGGCCAUGAUGACCACCGCUGCUGUGGUGAACACCCGAGGAGGGCCGCUAACGGAUGCGGCAGGCCAAGCUGCCGGGCCGCUGGAGUUCGGGUCGGGUCACGUACGACCCAACCAUGCGUCGGACCCGGGGCUCGUCUACGACGCCUCCUACGAAGACUACCUGCUCUUUGCAUGCUCCAGCAUCGGAGCACAGAUGGACCCUUCCUUCCCCUGCCCCGAGACCUCACCGUCUCCUUCCGACCUCAACUAUCCAUCGAUCGCCGUCUCCGAUCUCAACGGCUCCGUUACCGUCCGUAGAACCGUGACCAAUGUGGGCCGCGGCCCAGCCCGGUACCGAGUCACCAUCACCGAGCCGACCGGUGUCUCGGUGCGCAUUUCACCGGGAGUGUUGAGCUUCAAGAGAGUAGGCCAGAAGAAGAGCUUCACGGUGACGCUCAAAGCGAGGGACACACCAAGCAAGGUGUACGUGGCGGGUUCCUAUACGUGGUCCGAUGGGGCACACGUCGUCCGAAGCCCGAUCGUGGUUUCCGUCGCUUGAUCUCUUUGCCCUGUUUUGCUUCCUCCUGUGCUCUCCUAAUGCACACCGCAGGUCAAAGAGCAACGUCGAAUAAAGCAACAACAAGUGUGUUGUUUGUGCGGUUCAUAAAGAGUUCAUUCUCGUCGGUAAUUUGAAGGAUCAAAUAUAGUUUUAUAGACCCAAAACAAUGUUCCAUGAAACUUAUUAAAUUCGUAAUAAUAUACAUCAAAUCGUAUAAUAAUUAAGAAACAUUAACAUGAUGAAUUAAUCAAAGUAUUUUUUUUGAAUUAAUCGAUGAA